GAAACCAUGACUGGUCCCUCCUGCUUAUUAACGGACCCGGACGCGCACUAGCUCCCCCUCCGCCCUCCAGACCCCUCCCCUUCCACUCUCAAAACUAUUUAGCAUCUGAAAGCGGGAUAAAGUUUCCAAAAAAAUUUAAGGACAAAACUUCCUGCACGAGGAGAAGCGUGCCAACCUCCUGUUUUUAAAAAGAGUUUGAAGCACAGAGAGAGUGAGGCGUCCCCACAAAAAUUCUUCUCCUCAUCUUUUUCGGAUUUCUACACAUUUUUUUUUGUAACCACGGCUUCAAAGGUGGACAACGUUUUCUCCGCUCUAUCCCUGCAUUUCUUCAAGAAAGAAAUGGAAGAGGGCUCCAGUUCUCCGGUCUCCCCUGUGGAUAGUCUGGUGACCAGCGAGGAGGAGCUGGACAGGCAGCAGAAGCGUUUCGCGAGGAAGAGGAGACACAGCAAAAAGUCCUGCGAGGACAGCAGCGGCAGCAGCCCCGGGCCGGUCAAACGGGGGAAGAAACCGAGUCCGAGCAGCACCCAGUCUUACGAGGAGCUGCAGAACCAGCGCGUCCUGGCCAACGUCCGGGAGAGGCAACGGACUCAGUCUCUGAACGAGGCCUUCGCGUCUUUGCGUAAAAUUAUCCCCACGCUGCCUUCGGACAAACUGAGCAAGAUACAGACGCUGAAACUCGCCUCCAGAUACAUUGACUUUCUGUGUCAGGUGUUGCAGAGCGACGAGAUGGACAACAAGAUGUCCAGCUGCAGCUACGUUGCGCACGAAAGACUCAGUUACGCCUUUUCCGUGUGGAGGAUGGAGGGUGCCUGGUCUAUGUCAGCAUCUCACUAGCACCCAGAGAGCUCCACUUACAAUGCCAAAGCGGUGGGUACCAAAAAUUAGUCUAGAAACCCUACAUUGGUGUUUGCAGAUAGAGGAAAACUUCAUUUACAGAAAACAAAAUGCGUAAACCUCAAUAAUCCUGAACUUGUUUAUAAAUCUGCGAAGUAUAGCCUAUAUUGAUCUCUUAAAUCAUUUAUUCCCAGCAGUAAUUUAUUGAUUAUCUGAGUGAUAUUUCUGUCAAAUUCUAGUGGUAAUGUACCGGCACUCUGACCACGUGUCUAUGAUCUGAGGGAUGAAACUCAGCCUGAUGUUUUUGACGCUCAUAAUUUAGACAACCCGGUCAAUAUAAGAAACCGAUUAAAUUAAAAACGAUAUUUCUGAUCGGCAGAAACCGAUUAAAUUAAAAACGAUAUUUCUGAUCGGGAGUGAAUCGAAUUGAAAUUUAUCCAAAGGCACCCUGUGGCGUGAGCACUUCAUGUGUGCAUGACAGAUUUCACACCGAGGCCUCAGCAUCUCUCCAACGCCUUGGCUGUGCGUCCCUAUCUGGAUGCAGCUGUGCGCAAGGCCCUGCUGAUCUUUUAAGUUUAAUUGUAAAAGUUAGUGAAUCAUCCUGUCAAAAUCCAAAAGGCGUAAGUUCAGCUCAGGAUGUGGAAAAAGAAAUGUUGUCUUUAUUUUAAGAGAAAGGGAUCAGGCGCGGGGAAGUAGGCGGAUUAACACAAUAAUAGUUUUGGAAGCUUUUCACACGCGAGGCCUUUAUAAGCCUCGUUAACCAAAAAUGACAACUCUGUUCUAUUUUCUGAUCAGAAACACAUGAAAUCAACCACUUGUGACUCUCACAGUUAGUUUUUAUACGUUCUCUUUUAACAACAUUUCAUAAUGACUGGGGUAAAAGGGAAAAAAAACCCACCAAAACGCAGCUGUAAUGCCACCACGGGUAAUUUAUAUCCACAAUAGAGAGCUUUCCUGUGCGCAGACCGCAGGAAUGGGCAGCUCGACUGGACAUGAAAAGUUCAAGCCAGCCCGUGACAAUAAAAACUGAGGCCCGUAUUAACAAGCGGACAGGGUUUGGUCAGGAUAUUUUGCAGAUUUGCAGCUCAUUGCGCAAAAAAGUGGAGAAGACUCGGAAAGCUGUCAUAUAUUUGAUUUCUGUCUUGGAUUAAUAAAGGGAAAGUAACCCUCAUUUUGUCAACAGAGAUAUAAAUUAAAGCUUUGACUUCAAGAGGUCAUUCUGUUUUUAAGGAAUUAUGUUGACGCCAUCUUGAUGAAUUAGACGAAUCCUCUCAUUAACCUCAGUGGAAGUUCAGAAGGGUUCAAACAAGGUGGCACUAAAUGAGCAGAAUCGGGGUUUGCUUAGUCCAUGCCCGAGGCCUCAAAGUGCAAAACACAUAGGAGAUAAAUAAGCCUCAUUACUCUGAAACUCUUUUAAUUUGAAGGUGUUUUAUUUCCUCAAAAUAAUUCCGAGUGUAAUUGACCUCUGAGGAAUGUAGACCCAUAAAGAGAAACAAAGCGUGACGAGUGUAGCGUUUCAAACAGGGUUACAAAUAAAAAAAAACACACUUUAAAAAGAAACACUCGGUUCCAAAGGAGCAAAUGUGAGUUAUUUUUUGCGUGGAUUGGGUAAAUAAAAAAAAUCACAAGGGGGAUAUUAUUCAUACUCACAAACAGGCCUGUAAAAUGUGCUUUAUAGAUCUUGACCUGAGUGACUCCAUAUUUCUGUAAUGACUCUGGGUUUAAUGCCGCUCCGAGGAAUUACAUUUUAUUGUUUCAGGACUCUCCUCUAAUCCACAGCCAAAUGAAAACGCGUGACUUUACUCAGGUGCUCCAAAAUAAAAGCCCGAGAAACGGUGUUUUCUUUUGUGUGUGUGUGAAAGUGUGUUUUAGUGCAGCUGCAGAACUACAUUCACAUUAAACACGAUGCUCGUGCAUUUUCUGUCGCCAUAUGGUUUCACUCAGCUCAGUGGCUAAUAAUUGAUUCAUUAAUGACUUCCCACAUGUGAAGUGAGCCAGUGAAGGUUUCAAAAACAUCACAUGUAGCCUACCGUCACGAACCGAGCCAGGAUCAGUGUGCGUAAAGUUAUAUCCUCUUAUUUCUCUGCUUUUGCCAAGACGUUUUCUAACGAUGUUUGUGUGUGUAUCUCUCUCUUUCUGUUACAGACUGUUUACUUUUACGAUUUAUGAAGACCAAAGGGAUUAUUGAAGAACCCAUCGACCUCAAAGGCAUGGCAGAGAGACGUAAUGUGACCCACAACUACAAACUCUUAGGAAGUGUGUGUGUGUUUGUGUUUGUGUGUGUGUGGAUGGAGAUUCAUCCCACUGCUUCUGACUGUCCGGAGCUGUUUGUGGCAGAGAGGAGGGAAGACACACAGAGCUGUAAUGUAUAAAGUCGAAUAGCUCGGCCUAAGCCAACAUUGAAUAGAAGGAGAUAUAUUUUGUUUUGAAAAGACUUUAAACCAAAGUAUAAAUUUAUAUAUAAAUGAAUGCAUAUUGUACAUACAUGUGUAAGUACGCCUGUAGCCUGUAAAGGGACCAAUGCAAUCUCCAGACAUUUGCUGCAUGGAUCUAUUUCUCCGACUUUCUUUAGCAAGUCUCCAAACUCCGUCCAUUGUACAUUUUGUUUUUGCUUUAUUUAUUAAAACACAUAUUUUUGAACGAAAUUUGGUUGAUUUUUUUUUUACCCGUAACAUUUAAUCUCUAAUUCCUGUAAAAUUUGUCCAAUUCAUGCGAGUUUUCGGUGCAUUCCUGCCUAAUAAGAUGUUAAUGAAAGUUCAAGUUUUAAAGCCAGAGUCAAACACUGUGGUCUGGAUGUUCAGGUUCCUCUGGUGCCUCAAAAGAAACGUGCCAAAAGCUUUUUUUUUUCUCCUCCUCUGGGUGUGAGAAUUUACUCCUUUCAUUCCCCUCCUCUUGUUAUGGAAAGACUUAAAAAAACGACCAUAAAAUGCAGCUUCAUUAACAGAGCAGGAAAUACUAACCAGUUUCAAGCUCGGUAUAUAAAAUUCUUGUCCACUUAAAUAAGGAGUAAUCAUUUCAAAUGGCGAUGCCUUCAGGCUCUUUAACGAGCAGGGAGCCCCAGCGAGAGCAGAUAAGGACUGUAUCCCUCCGCCGGCACUUUUAGAGAAAACUAGACCACUAAAAAUGCCUUUGAAGCUCCCCCUCUCGCUCUUAAACAUUAAAAUUGUUUACAUCUCGUUUUCCCAGACGUGGUUAGAUGCAAUCUAAACACACUGAAAGGGGCUCUUUGUUAACACAGGCCUACUUAACUUCCUCUGUGCAGGUCUGCUGUAUAAAUCUGCAGCUUUAUCAUUUCACAAGCAGCAAAACAAACACCACACUUACACUUUCUCUGCAGAAAAUAAAGCAUAAGGGUCAUUUUUAACGUGGACGUAGGCCAGAAAGUGUCACACUCUGAGCACAUUCAGACAAAUCCCAGAGGGGAAGCCGUAAUGCAGAAUAAAAUCACACACACACACACAGGGUGUAAUAAAAGGCGGAUAGCACAGUGAUUGUUUCCUGCAGACAAAAGCAACUCUUGAACGUUUUCACAGUGUUUGUAGUGUUGCCUGGUUUUCUCAUGGUCAGAGCGGUUUGAGGGGGGAAACACCUGGGACCACAUGCUGCUGAUGCAUCAAACUAACAUUUUCCACCUUAAACACGCUUCAUGUUGCUUUCAUGUAAUUUGCAGAGGGCCUGUGUCAUGAUAAUAUGUCCUCUUUUCUUCUUUUGUGGAUUUUGACAUCAAAUCUUGUUGUGGCUGCAGAGCAAAGAGCGAAAAGAAAGAGUCUUUUUUUGUGUGCAGAUUAUUCAGAGUGAGUGAUUUAUCUGUGUGACACCGUGAUCUCUGUGACUAAUGUGAAUUAAGCCGCUUUUGGAAUGACACAGCCCUCCUACAUGAAGCCCACCAGGACAAAUCAGGACAUUACACAUGCUGAAUACACUGAACUGAGUAAUAAAAAUAAACAGGAGUAUGAUCUCUGUUACCAAACCUAUAAACUUUUUCAUUAUCGCACGAUGACGAUGAAGAAGUUUUGAUUUUUUGGUGGUCUCAGAUGCUGCUGGACAGAACUUCCUCCCCGGGCCGGCUUAUCCGUAGGAGCCUGUUUGAUACCUGCUCAUUAUCCCGGGCCCUCACAGCUGAGCAGAGCACAAUCACCCGGGGGCCACUGCUCCAGCGGUGCGAGAGAUCCAGAUGUUUCCCGUAAAAUCAGACGGAAAAAGCUACAAAACUUUAAUUUGCAGUAAAAAGGGAAUAAAGUAAAGGUUUACACUCUGAGAGCCUCAAACGGUAUUCUGUGUUCGUCUGGUUCAGUAAAAAAAGGAAAAUCUGAAGGUUAGCUUGUGCCACUCUGAGACUUCCCUAUGAGUGUGUGUGCAAGUGUGUGUGUGUGUGUUUUGGCAAAGCUGAAAGUCAGCUGUGUCUCCUGCCACAACAGAGACAAUAGAGAAGACAUUACUCAGACUUUAACAUCAACAAAUGUAUUGAUCCUCGCUCGGAUUAUGUGGCGUGUAGGAUCAUUCAAUAAAACAAACUAUCUGCUUAUUUCUACAUCAGUUUAACAUCUAUUUCCCAGGUUAAAACUAACUAAGAUGAACAAAAAUCUCCUCCUAACGUCUAGAAUGCAUUUAAAUACAUUACACAGUGAAAUGAAGCAGCAUCUGUUUGUCCGAAUCAACCAAAAUCACAAGAUUACCUACAGCCAGAUGUGUUCGCCUCCAAUUUGUUUUGCAUCAUCUAAAAAUCACCCAAAGAGAACGCCUCAUUUAGCUUCAGCUCCUUUUGUUUCCAGUAAACGGAGCUGCAAACUUCGAUGCUUUUUUCCCCCUGACCUUUGAAACAGACAGUGAGACACGUCUCUGGGACUGAAGAUUAUAAGAUCCUGAGUCAGAUGUGGGUUAAGACGCUGGUUUCCAAAGUUGGUGUUUUUGCCGCCUAUAAAAAACUGAAAGGUUUUGGUGAAUAUUUAAACUCAUUCUCUGUUUUUGUGAAUUAUUUAAACCAUGAAAAUCAACGUCUUUGGCUUUAAACUGAGAUAAAAGUCACAGAAGAUCCACAGAGACUCACUUGUUUAUUAUUCAGUUUUGUUUGUCUGUAAAAUAAGUUCAGGUUGUUUCAUUUUGUUUUGCUCUCAUGAUCUGAAAGUGUGGGUUGUGAAUCUCUGCUAUUGUCACUUGCUAAAAAUUGUGGGGGUCAAAGGUCUGAAGGAAGUAUAGACCUAAAUAUUCAAGAGUUUGAGUCUAUGUGCUGACAAAGAAGACCAACCAACAAAUUACUGUUUUAAAUCUGUGAUGAACCUCUGUGCCUAACAAAACACAACAUCAGGAGUACAUAAGCUCGGGAAAAUAGGUGUGCAUGUAUAAUUUAUGAUUAAAAACUGCUUUCUUUGCCAAAGUGGUUGAAGUUAGAUGUUACAUUUGAAGCUGCAAUUCCAUAUUUUUAGAUAAUUUGUGAGUGCAUCAUGUGUCGAUAUGGUGCAGUAAAAGGGGGCGUUUUCAUCGACCAAUGAAGGACCUACAAAAACCGCUAUUUUAACUCCAUUUUCACUCAUUAAAACAAAUUAAAAACAUCAAUCUUAUUCCUCAUUUGUGCAGCCCUCUAAACAAACCAUCUGAAGAGUUUAAGAUGCACCAGCGAUCAGUCUUUAAAAGAGCGAUCCGGCCGCCUGACAAAACCUCACAUAGUGAAGGAUGAGUGAGAUGCCUGGAGUAGGUCAGAGGGACCUGGCAGAGCUUCAGCAGUCCAAGCUGAAAAGGACUUAACAGAGGUUCUGGCCUUUCUCUUCAGCUCCUCUCUGCCUUUCCUUCAUUCCAUCUUUUAAUCAGAGUCCCUAAGACUUUGAUCCUGCACAGAAGGCCCACAUCACAUUAUCAUCAGGCCUCGGGGCUGCACAGCGCUGCUUUUUUUUUUUUCUUUUUUCCUCCUAAGACUCCAUUUCUCUGGAGAGGAUGAUCACACACAUUUAAGGAGCAAUAAUAGAUCAAAGUAAACAAAGUGGUUGGAUGAUUGAAGUCAAUCCAUCCGAGUCACAAACAUCCUCCGUCAGUCUGAUGUGAGUUUGAUGACUUUUUGACUCGGAGGUGAAUGGCGAAAACAACCAUUACAACUGUGGAGAGGCUUUACAUAACAUGCAAACUUCAUGAUAUUCCCUUUGUUGGACGCUGUAGAGCUCAUCGUCCACACACCUGUUGAACAGCUUGACCCCUCUGUCCUCCCCGCAGUGAAGACACUAGUGCUGUGAAAGAGGAACUCCCCAUGUGUGGACAUACAUUCUGCCCUCUCUCCUUCGAUUUAUCUCCUUAUUUUAUAACAUCGCAUGAUCAUUUGACCCCUUUUUUAUUAAAUCACUGAAUGCUACUGUUGGUGUAAACCUCCCCCGCUUCAUCAUGACCCAUCAGGGGUCUCUGGUCGAGCUGGGGGAGUGAAAUUGGACAGGAAAAUAGCUGUAAAAGCAUCCAUGCUUCAAACAUCGGGGCGUAGUAAAAACUGCCUUGUUUCACUGCAGAAUAAUCCAGUUAAAACAUUCAGAUAAAGACGAAUAUACUUUUAUUUUUAUUUGUCAUAUUAUCUAUUUUUAAUUUAAUACUGUUGUCAUGUUUUUUUUUAAUCUUCUUGUAUGAGAUCACUGUCGUAAAAUCAUCACAGACAAUCACUCUCACUCCUGGCGUGCAGAGAGAUCGCGGGGGUGAAAUAUGUUCCUGUUUGCUCACAAAUCCUCAGCAGAAAUAUAGAUGUUAAAUACGGUGUGUUUUACGACGGGCUGUGCAGACAUUAAGGGAUUUCCUUAUGCUUCGAUUGAUAUAGGGGAGUGGUUUGUUCAAAAAUGCAUUCCAUCAGCCCCUUUGUGGAGCUUUUAGGUGGUUAUGAAACAGACUGGAUUGAAUGUGGAUGACUCACUAUGACAUACAAAAGCAAAUGAGUAUCACGAACUUCAGUGUUAUUGGUGUUAUUUUAAAUAUAGGAGACUAGAGUUGUAAGGUAGGUGUUUAAUGAUGUGCUGCAUUUUUCAAAAUGAAGAUUUUUUUACUUUUGGAAGCUUUUUGCAUUUUUAUUUUUGAUAGGACACACUGAGAGGAAUAGAAAACAUGAGGAAUGAUGUGCACCAAAUCACUUCAGUACCAAGGAUCACUCCUAAUUAGUCUGACAAGGUCUGUAUCUGCAGUUCUUGUAGCACCUACUCUACUAACUGAGCUGAACCAGCGCUGCUAUGGCGACAAUUUUAAAUCAGUUAAGCAUUUAAUGGUUCAAAGAUACUGCUUUCUCAUGAGGGCAGGGGUGUGUCCAGAGAGGUGACCAUGGGUGGCACAGGCCCACGGUGCCAGUCCCAUAACUUAUAUUAUAGUUGCUGUGUGUGACUUUGUGACUAAGUUUGUGACUUUCUGUGGGGAAAAAAAAUGCGUCCCGGGUGGAAGUGAGAAGACUGACACAACAGCAGACUGAGUGUUUUUCAGUUCUGAUUAGACACUAGUGUUGAGAUGUCUGUCUGUCAUGAUAGCAUGUACUGAGUCAGGGCCAGUACCAGAUAAACACAUUAAACUAUAAUCCAUAAGUGAAAGGUAACAACCGAGACCUAAUGGUGCUGUGACAGCAACAUGAUUGAGUUUGAGACAGUGAAAAUACAUAUGGUAUGUUGUAUCUGAACAGGUUAGCUUACGAGCUAAAGUUACUUAGCACAGAUGAAAGUUAAAACAAAGAAGUUUAGAAAACUGUUAAAGCACACAAACAAUCGUCAAAUGAGAAAUCUGACACUAUGACUCUCCACAAGUUGUCCUUCAGGUCGAUAUCUUUGUAAUAUUUGUGUCUUUUACCAAAAAGCACUCUGUUCUCCGACACGUAAACAAUCAGACAGUCGGCCAUGUUGGAUAUACCGGUGAAUCUGACGUCGCAACAACAUGUAAUCUGAUUGGUCAGAAGUGGACACACAGUAUGCAAAACUUUGGAAAAAUCGACCGUGAUCCGAAAAAAUAAAUACCGCAAUAUCACAGGACGGGAAAACGUCGCUGAUGUGAACGCUUGUAUUGACAGGAUACGGGUUCGAAAAAAAAUAUUGACGUCCGAAAAAAUGACACGAAAAAAAUGGUCCCAGUGUGAAAGGACCUUAAUACUAGAAGUCUCAGUUGCCAGAAAAAUACUUUUGCCAGCAUCUGCUUUUGCGCCACAUAUAUGCCAUCGUGGCACAUGCACACACUGGAGCGUUGGAGUGUCAGUGUUGCACUGUAGUUCCCUGCUUCAGUGUUAGUCAGCAGUGCACUUUCUGGUCCCCCUUGUUGGUGCACAGGGAACCAUGGUGACUAAAUCUGAGCGUAAUGUGUUUGAGUCAUAGCUGACAGAUGUUUUGCAGCAGUCGAUCACACUGUAAUUAUUCUAGAGAAGAAAAGAGACAUUGAAGAGAUGGACUAUGCAGACGCUGAAGCAGAGGACAGCGAUACUGGAUAUGUGGGCCACCAAGUAGACCAAUCAUAGCGCCCUGGUACCUUUUGCAGAGAUACCAGAUCAGGGACACAUGCACCUAUGAAGUAUUUUACUGUGUUAAUUUGAUGCAGGAGCAUAAACCAGACCCUGAGACAUAACAGUGCAUGCUCACAGUGCAGAAAAAAAACAUUGAAAAGUAUCUUAAAAAACAUCUUUUUGACUCUUUUUAAGUUAAAACACAUACUCAUAAAACAUCAUCUCUUUGAUACUUACAUGUUAGUACUGAGAGUAGAUAUGAAUAAUGGAGAAAAAAUGCAGUUUAUUUGUGUGUUUGUGUGAAAGUCCACUCACCAGUCAAAGAAGUUUGGACGCUCCCCUGACAUUACGCUGUAACCAUCGCAAACAAACAAGCAAACAAACAAACAAAUACCCCAAAAAACAAUCCACUCUCUGCACAACUAGCCCUGCAAGGUGAACACAGACAUCAAAUUAACAGUUUUUGAGAGUAUGUACAGGAAUGUUUCAGCGCUGAAUAAAUCUUAGUGUUUUAUGUGGAACUUGGCCCCUCACUCUGAUUCUUAUAGCAUAUCUCCUCUUCUGGCAUUGUCUUGUGUCCAUCUGGUCCCAUCUUACACACACACACACAAACACACAAGUGUGGACCGACUGCUCUGGACAAUAACAAUAUUAUAGAGCGGCUUCAUUCUGUGUUUUCUUCACCCGUCCCUGCUCUCACCCGCUGAUGUGUCUGUCCCCUUUAGCGUUAUUUUGGGGGUUUGAAAAGGAUGCAGACUGGAAAGACGUUGGCAAUAAUCAUAACAUCUUAACGUCCGCAGAGUUGGAAAAAAUUAGCUUCAGGGUUGAUAAAUGUCGGCCAAACAAUAAUUACAGCUUUCUGAAUCGGGUCAGUUGAGGGGCAUGCUAAAAGACGUCAUUAAAACCACUCUUGAUCGUAUUUAUACACAAACAAAAUAUAGUGAUUAUGGUUCAUUUCACCCCUCAUACAGCACAUCUAUCAACAGGAAACUCAAGGUGAGUCAGGCCCUGUUAAAGAUGCUUUCUGCAGGAUCUCAAGGGGGGGGAAACGCAGUUUUAUGAUCAAAAUAAAGAAUGACCUCGCCGUGGCCCCGAGCCAAUCAACAUGCAGGAAUGUGUGGGCAUGCCUACACCUCCCUCGACAUCCUCUCCUGUAUUUUUACUCUGUUAUUUACAUCCCAAAGCCAGUAACUGCCUCACUUUUGGCUGUGAAAUCUGAUUCGUCUGCAGUCGGUGAAGGAGACUGGGGGGGGGGGGGUUCUGACAUGCCAGCUUUUACCUCCUGCUUUGCUCUUCAUUAGCAUCAAUGAUGACUGCCGGGUCAGCAGAGGUCAAAGAUCAUGCCAGUUCAGGGGUCAACGCUUAUUUAUACACCCUUGUUUUCACUCUUGCUCUUGUAGGGAUGCAGAUGUAACUACGUCCCCUAAUGCAGCCAUCAAACGGAGUUACAGCUCCUCUGAUAUAGACCAGUGUUUCCUCUACUCUGUGUAUAUGCAUAAGUAUGACGGAUUUACAUCUAUGGAGCUCUACAAAUAGACCAUAUUUUGGAAACUUCUGGUCGUGUUGGUUUUGGGACUACCAUUAAGUGUUCAGUGUGGUAAUGUUCGAGAGUUGGUUUUUAGCAUAAGUUAAGCAUAUGUUUUCUUUACCAGUAAAGCUGAGGUUUUACGGGAAAUUCAGAGCUAGUGUCUCUUUAAUCUCUGUCCUCUUCUUCCUCCAGGUUUGAUCUGGCUUUUCAUUUCAAUAAAUUCAGAUUUUUUUCCGUUUUCUUCAAAUUGGCUGGAUGAGACUCUCACUGACGCCGAAGCCGACAGUGACCCAAUGUUAGUGUUACAGCUCCUUUCGGCGUUGCGUGUAUUUGACCUCUCGGUGUCCGAACACGUCCGACAGCAGACUAAACACAUACAGUAGCAAGACAAGCAAACGCAGCACAGCUUUUCAAAUACACAAUGGAAAUCCCGACUGGAUUGGUGGAACAUCAGGUGGAAAAGAAAGCGCUCUCUCAUGAGCAUUUCCAUUGUUUUUCCAAAAGAAAACGAAGAUUUAAUCAUGAAAUUUCAACAUGUAGAAGCAGCUUUUAUCAAGAAUAAGCCAAAGAAGUUUCCUCGACUUUGACUUUUCAGGGACACCUUAAUGGUCCCACAUCAUCCAAUACGUGUUUGUCGCAGAUCUGUAACAAACCAGAAAAGCACUCGGAGAGUGUCCCCCCUUAUAUUGUGAUUCACAGCAAAACUUUUACUGUUACGUGUCUUUUAUUAACGUUUAUUUGUGUUUAAACUGGUAUGUUCACUGUUCAUAAAACAAGAAAUGCCCUGACAGGGAUUCAAACCCAGGACCUUCUGGCUGUGAGGUGACAGUGCUAACCACUACACCACUGUACCACCUAUCUACACCACUGUGCCGCCCAUUACUUAUCUUUCAGCAUUGAAAAUUCCAACGACACCCUUAUUUUUGUGUGUUCUGGAUCACAGUAUCCAGAAUUUUGUCUGGAUCACCACCAAAAUGUAAUGGGAUCCUCCUGGGGCUGAGACACAUCUCUGGUGAAAAUUUCAGGUCAAUCUGUCUGUUACUUUCUCCGUAAAGUUGUUAACAGACAAACAAACAAACAAACUCACAAACAAACAAACUAGAAAAGCUCUCUGAGAGCGAAAAACUUCCACCAAGCAGCUCAUGUCGCCCCUUAAACAAGAAAUGCCCUGUCCAGGAUUUGAACCCAGAACCUUCUGGUUGUGAGGUGACAGUGCUAACCACUACACCACUGUGCAACCUAUCUACACCACUGUGCUGCCCAUUCCAGAAUUUUGUCCGGAUCACCACCAAAAUGUAAUGGGAUCCUCCUGGGGCUGAGACGCACCUCUGGUGAAAAUUUCAGGUCAAUCCAUCUGUUACUUUCUCUGUAAAGUUGCUAACAAACAAACAAACAAACAAACAACGCUACCGAAAACAUAACCUCCUUGGUGGGGGUAAUAAAACACUCUCUCAAGAGCAUUUCCAUUGUUUUUCCAAAAGAAAAUGAAGAUUUAAUAAUGAAAUUUCACCACGUAGAAGCAGUUUGUAUUAAAAAUAAGCCAGAAUAGUUUCCUCGACUUUGACUUGUCAGGGACACCUUUAUCGUCCCCCAUCAUCACGUCCGUGUUUGUCGCAGAUCUGUAACAAACCACAUUUUUAAGCCUGAGUGAUGACGGUCCAAAACUGAUUCUAAUGACUCAUCUGUAAUUAGUUCUUGUUUGUCUUCUUAGCAGCUGGCCAAAGCCUCAUUGCCAUUUCCAGCCGGCAAACCUGCAAUUAAAAGCGCAGUGAUGAGCACAGCUGGGGAGGAUAAGGCCUCUUUUUACGUAUAGCGGUGGCGGGUAAUGACAGAGCAAACUGACAACGGCCGACGCUGCGAGAGGAUGAGCACAGCGAGGGAGAGCUACCGCACACCAGAAUGUCACUGCGGGGAAAUGAGAGGGAAGAUAUAUAUAAGGGGGUUUUCCUGGAUUUCCAUCCGUACUGACAUUUCAGGCCUUUGUUGUGGCGGAGAGGCGGCCAUCUUUGCUGGCUUGGUUUCAAGAAGAGGGGAGAGUUCAGCAAGCAGGGCUCCACCUCUUCUCCGACCCGACCUCGCUGAGAGGUUACGGGAGUUGACGAACGUGUCGACGCCUACGGUAAGUUAAAGGUAAGACGGGCAGUCUGCGUGUCACGAGUGUGGUCGUACGAGAACCUCCAGCCACUGACGAACCACGAAAAGGUCACAUUCCCAGAUCUAGCGUCACUGGACUCCUUAGAGCUCUUUUCAGCAGCAGUAUGACAGUAAAUAUUGUCAGAAAGCAGAGACGUGCUCCUCUUUGUUUGCCGUCGCCACUACACGGUGUCACAAACCUCCGUGAUUUACAGAGACUGUGACGAGCCGACAAAGCCCGCGGCCGUGUCAGUAUUUACACUGUUACUCUCUAAAUUAAGAGUCCGCAGAGGAAUGUGUGUUUAUUUGAGAGGAGGUAAGGCAGGAUUGGCUUUGUUUGCCUUCGGACUGUUGUCUUAGCGUUAGUUCCUCCACCAACAAGGAUUCACUGCUGUUUAUUUGGACACUGGCUCAGACCUUUGACCCCCUCCAAAUGGGUGGCUAAUCCCAGUCACGGCUACUGUGGGGGCCUUUGUUGUUGUUCCAGCAAUGCUGCCUCCCUCUGGACUUACAGGAGAAUUUUUCCAAUAUAACACAUCGCCUGAUAACAGCUCUGAGGGAGGACCGAGCGUACAGGAAGACAGUUUUAUGAGGCUUUUUGAGGCUCCGCUGGAAAAAAGUCCAUGUAGGACUAAUUUCCUCAAGAGUUAUCUCCUCUAUGGGGAUGAAGACCUGAAAUCUGGCAUCUGAAUUAAGGAGGCUUACUGAGAUAUAGAGCCUGCUUCUAAUUUCUGAGAGAAGGAGUUAUUGGCUGGUACCGCAAAAUGAUAACUCGUCAGCAGUGAAAUGAAAUAGUUGAAUGAAAUACGGGACUGUUUAUUGUGUUUUGGGCAGAGGUCAGGACUUUUCUUAGUCUAAUUUGAUUGGUCCGCUCAAUUUUGGACUAUUUAGCAGAGCAGACUUGGUAAAAAUGGAGUAUAAUAUUUUAAAGUAUGCUGAAAAGUGUUUAAAAUCACCUGAAUAUAAUAAUUAGGCCACCAAGUUGCAUUGCCAAAGUUUCUACUAAGUGACUGUGGUUGUUGUGUGCAAAGACUUUGUAUUAAUAGACGUGUUUGAGAGUGAAAACUUGAUGGAUAAAUGGGUUGUUUCCGUCUCCUGAAGCCACUGAUUCUUACGUUUUUACAAUUUCUCCUGCUUUGUUUGGAGUGAGCAGAACCUCUGGCGUUACUUCAGUUAUCUUGUAGACAGCAAAAUGAGUUGGGGAGCGUUGGGAAACAGAUAUUUAAUGUGAAAAGUGUUUCCUAGAGAAUUUGCACCUCAUUGAUUCUGUGUCUUUGAGAGGGGAGGAGACCUCUGGGGAUAAUUCGGCUCCAGGUCGAACAAAGACUCUCUUAAAAGUUCCUGUGAGAAACUUUCUGCUUUGUGUUGAUUUUGUCGACCUAAUGUGGAUAAACCAGCGGCUCUCAUCCAUCUGCGGAUGUUUUUUUCCUGCUGCCCCAACACUCAAAAGUGUCACAUCCAGAAUUCCCAACACUAAAUAUGCAAAAAAGGGCUGUUACUGCAAUUUGGCAGCAACUUCAGGCAUUAAAAGUUAAAAAGAGAGCAUUCAUGUUGAUCAUAUUUAUUUUCUAUUUAUAGAUCAUAAAGAGUGAUUCUGGUCUGUUUUAUAACCAGUUGUCUGAGUAUCAAGUAUUGCUUGAUUUUAACUCCACUAUUUGAGGUACAUAGUCAGAUGUCCAGUCACUUUUUUAAAUUAAAUAAGGCCGUUACAAUUACAGAAAUUUAAAGGACUUGCUUUUCAUUAAAUAAUGUCAAAUCUAAGUCAAUUGCCAACACUUGCAUAGGAUUAAUCAACUGCCUUGGGGGUUGAGAUGAUGUUCUGGCACCUCUGGAGAAAGAAUACUGCGCACAGUAGUUCAUCAAUAAGCUUUUCUGUGUUGGAAAUAUCAGCUUACAAGAGCAUAGUGAUAAAUUGUUGUCUUUGUAGAAGGAGGGCAACUUUUUUUUACAGCUAAGACUUGUUAUUCUGAUCUUAAAAAGCACCAAACACAACAACAGACUGUUCCUAAGGCAGAGGGCCAUGCAGUGAAGACACCAGUGACUUGGUGCAGCUCACCUUUACUCACCAAUGGGGGCCCACUCCGUCCAAAUAGCCAAGACUUUAUUAAUUUCUCACUACCUUCAUGACAUGUAUCACAGGAAGGACUGAACUCGCCGACUGCAGGGUAAGACCCUCAUCAAAAAGACGGACAACACCUCUACAACUGUAAUUGUUAUGCUUAUAACUCAGGCUGCUCUGAAGUGACUUACUUCCCAGUUGUUAAAUGGAAAAUUGAACAACAGUAGUAAUGCAUUGACUAGAGGGAAGCAGAGUAAAGGUCCUUACACACCGGGAACGACGCAAAUAUACAAUGUAAAAUUACGAAAUAUUUGGAGGCGAAUUUUGACGCACCUGAAUAUACAUAUCAAGCAUCCCGGGUGGAAGCGAGACGACUGUUACAACAGCAGACUGACUGUUUUCAGUUCUGAUUAGACUCUAGUAAUGAGAUGUCUGUCUGUCAUGAUAGCAUGUACUGAGUCGGAGCAACAACUGAGACCUAAUGGUGCUGUGACAGCAAUACUGUGACUGAGUUUGAGACAGUGAAAAUACAUGUGGCAUGUUGUAUCUGAACAGGUUAGCUUACGAGCUAAAGUUACUUAGCACAGAUAAAAGUUAAAACAAAGACGUUUAUCAAACUGUUAAAACACACAAACCAUCGUCAUAUGAGAAAUCCGACGCUAUGACUCUCCACAAGUUGUCCUUCAGGUCGUUAUCUUUGUAAUAUUUGUGUCUUUUAUUAAAAAUCACUCUGUUCUCCGACAUGUAAACAAUAAGCUGGUCGGCCAUGUUGGAUAUACCGGUGAAUCUGAUGUCGCAACAACAUGACAUCUGAUUGGUCAGAAGUGGACACACAGUAUGAGAAACAGGAUGACGUCGCUUAUGUGAACGCUUGUAUUGACAGGAUACGGGCUCAAAAAAAAAUAUUGACGUCCAAAAUAAUCGCAUGACAAAAACAGUCCUGGUGUGAAAGGACCUUCAGUUGUUUUUUUGCAGAAAAUUCUGCAUCACUUGUUGUCCAGGGGCAGUGCCAAAUCUGACACAACAAAAAAGUUCCUCACAGGAGCUUUAACAUUACUUUCCCAAGUAACAAUGAUUAAUUCAUCUCAUUUCUGAUGGAAAAUAACUAGUUGGCAUAAGACUAGUUUUACACAACUCUCCCAGUAAUGAAAAUUUCCAGCGAAAUACCCCCACAGAGGUCUGAGGAGUCCCCCACCUGCCAUGUGGUUGCUUUCCUAUUUCAUUGCGUAAACAAUGCUGCUAAAAAUACACGAGUGUGGAGGUUUGAUAGAAAAAAAUAUGAGUAUGGUUUCCCAGAAUGAUGAUUCAAGUCUUGGGUAGCCAUAGCGACGACACGCACACAUCCUGCACCAUCAUCUCAUGAUCACACCAAAAGUGUGAGUCUUGUUUUCUGCAAUCAAAACCGUCGACCAGAACUCCUCACAAAAUGACCAGACGCUUCAGUUUUUCCAAAACAAUACUUUAUAUUGUAGAUGUCAAAGACAACAUGUUAGAGCAAAGGUUCCCCAGAAAAAUGUACUAUUUCUGUAACAAUGGUGGAACAAGUCAAAAACAUAACCCAUAAAAAAAGAAUAUGCAUUUUAUACAUAUAUGUAAACCUAGAACUGUUUGUUUUUGAACCACAGUGGUCAUAGCAAUAACUGGCUUAUUUAGUGGAAUGGACAACCGUAGCAAAGACCAGGCGUCUGGAUGGAGCCCUUUGAGAAGUCCAGAUGUGACGAAGAACAGAAAAAACAGUCCGCCAAAGUCACAUCUCGCCUGGCGUGAAGAAAAGUCAGUCCAUUCUUUUGUCGCACUUUACAAAGCGUCCCCCUAGAACAACUCGUUUUCUACAUAAAUACAUAAAAUCUAUUGUCUGUGUUACAAGUGCUAGAUAUGUCUUCCCCAUUUUCGUAAAAAAAACAAAAUCAACCACCGGGUUCGAUGAUUCCUUAUCCUACAGGUAGAAGAACAUGAAAACCUCCAGACUCCCCAGCAGAGACAGAAAGCAGGAAAAGAGAGGAGACAGUUUGGAUACAGUGAAAGUACUAAAGUCCUUCAGUGCUCGAUCCCUUGUGCUGUUUUUGUGGUACGGGACAGACAGACAAACGGACAGAUAGGCAGUGCAUGCAGACACGCAGAUCAUGCAGAGAGGAAAGGGGGGAUGGAGUGGAGUCGGACCAGGCCACCUAAAUAAACAGAGAGUUCUCGGACCUGGCUGGAACGAACUCUGAGAGCUCAAACAAAAAGAUAUGCCCUCUGUUAAUAAAUGGAAAUUAUAACUUAAUGGAAUGUUUUUUUUUUUUCUUACUGGACAUUGUGUGAAGACUAACAGUGAGGACAGACAGCCGGAGAAGCCAGAUGGUGCUGUUGUUGGCUGCUUUUGAGAAACCAAAGUAUUCAGAAGUUGAGACUCCAUGACUGGCACCGCUGAGCGAAAAGUUCUGGGAAUGGUCUGGGCUCGGUUACUAAAGCGCAUCUCAUCAAGUGUGUUUACAUGCAGAGAAAUGUCAGCGUAUCCAUGUAAAGGUAACGUCCAGGUUAGCCUGACUGUACACAUGUUCAUAUUCCAACCACAAAUACAUCUGUACGCCUGGAAACGGAUCACACGUACGCUACAGAACAUGCAGGACAAAGUGCCGACUCUGUAGGCGUCUGGUGGGAAUGUACAGAAAAAUAAACGACCGCAUGGAUGAACUAAACUAAAUAAGACAACGCCAAACAGUGAUCGUAUACAAAUGCACAGAGCUCGGUUUUGUCUCAGGUACUUGGAGAAAAAUCCCCUUUAUAUGGCUGCAAACAUGGAUCAUCUACACGUCCUGCUGAGAGUUUGCAAAGACUCCGGGAGGCGAUUCAGGGACGUGCAGCAUCGCUCUGUCAGUAGAGGUCAGAUACAUUCAGUCUGAUUUCUUAAAAAAGCUUUAAAAGUCUGUAAAAAACUUUUAGCUCAUUCUGGUAAAACAUACCUAAAAGUUGUUCAUAGUGCAAGAGUAGAGUUUGGAUUUUGUCUGAGGUGCUGCAGGGAUCAAAAAACCCCGAACUCUGCUGGAUAAAGAGCCGUCUCACUGGAAACAGGCCACCCUGAAACACAGGGGCAGCUCUCGCUUGAUGAGCGAUAUUAAAAAUAAGAGCUAGAUUUAUUUGAGGGAAUGUUGAUUUUAAUUAAAACUAAGACCAUUUAGCUAGAUAAGGGUAUAAGUGAUGAUAUUGUAAAAUAAUUUCAGAGCCAAUAAGAGUGAUUUAAUGUAAGACCGUGUUUCUACCCCUCCUGCUUUCUGUUGUUUUAAGAGGAUGAACUUGUAAACCCUGUAGAGAGGAAGAAACAGGUCUCCACUUUGGUUAUUUUAGUGAUAUUCAGUAUUAAGACUUUGAAUUUUAGUCACACAUGUCCUUCUGUGGCUUAAAUUUUAAAGGCUCAUGCCAAAAUUAGUGUUUUUUUAACAAUAAAAUGAACAAACAUGGAAUUAAAAUCAUCUCUGGAAUGUCAAAAUGCAUGAAGAUGAGGACGAUGGCACAUGUACUGUGAUACCGACAGGCUGAGAAAAGCCUAAAGCGAGUCAGCAGUUAUGUGAAGAGAGAAAGACCGUCAUUAAACAUGUAACAAACAGUAACCGAGACAGCGCACGGUGCCUUCAGCGACACCCUAAAAAGAGAAGACUGUAUGUAAGAUCCAUGAAAAGUAUCGUUUUCAUUACCAUCUUCAAAAACAAGAUCAUAAUAUUUCAUUAUGUAUAGUUGUAUAUAAUAUACUCAUUUCUUUUUAUAUAUAAAUCUACUAUGAACAUACAGUAAAUACACAAUUGUCCAUCAAUGUACAAAGUAAAAACAUUUGAAUCCCAGCCCUCCCACAACAACCCCAAAACCAGAAAAAGUCCAUAAAACAGGGUCUGAUCCCUCACCUGUGGUGAAGUUUGUCAGCUUUACAAUGUAACAGAGCAAAAAAGAGAGGGAGAAGUGAACGAAUUAACAUGAAAACACAGUCAAAUGUACAAGAAGUCGUCACUGGAGUCCAUGAAAGGGGGGCAGGUUUAGAAAAAGGUGCAGAUGAGCGAGAAAACGGUGAUCAAGAGUAGUCUUUGACAAACGUGAGUGGCAGGAAUACUCCGGGGGAUUGUUGUCAUAUAUUUACAGUAAACAACAGUAAAUAUCACCGCUCUCCUGUUCACUGAUAGAUACUUUCAGCAUGGUUCGAUUAAGGGUGAAAGAAAGCAGAUUCCAAGGGGGAAAACACAAGUUGGAGGAAAAGUGAAGGACUGGAAAUGAAUUUUUAGCGUAUUCUCAGUGAUCAUAUUUAAAGUAACAACUCCAAAAACUGACUAAAUCAAAUUAAACCGAACUUGAGUGUUGUUUAACCAAUCAUUGUGAAAGUCCUUUUAAAUAUUAAGAUAUUUCAAUCCCAGAACAGACACCAAACGUGUUCACCGACUGUGAAGCCUAAAGAUAUGGAGCUACCCCUGCUGACUGGCUGCAGUGUAUAAGAUAAGCCCCGCCUCCUUAAUGUUAACAGAUGGAACAGAGGUCAAACUAGAAACUGAAACACAUAAAAAAGUAAGUUCUCACUAUGCGUGGUUAUGCUAAAGUUCUUACUUUUCUGAUUUAAACCAGUUUUCUGAUUUUAAUAAGGGGGGUGUGACUUCAUGAUUGACAGCUCUGUUCACAAAUUCUGCCGUGUUCUUUACUAGGUAAGCAGAUCAGAAGGGGAACUGCAAAAAACGAACACAAGACUCACUGAACUUUCCACAACUGUGAGUGUCUGCUUCAAAUCAACACAAGAAUCUGUCCUGCUGUCAUCGACCUGAGGGAUCUUCUGCGUUUUAUUGGUAAGUUUAAUGUGUGUUUUGGUUAGCAUCCCCGGAGUGACAUCAGUCUUGGGAUGCUACCAGUCAGGUAGCUUCUGUGCAUGCCCAGUGAUGUUGUCUCUGUUCUAUGAAGUCUGUGUUUUAAACGGAUUCAGACUUGUGAAGCAGAUUUCUGAACUGCAACGCUGCAAACAUCCAGAGUCCACUGGUUGUAUAAGUGGUCAAGACAAAAGGAUGACUAAGACAGAAGAGUAACUCUAAAAAUAUGUGUAUACACUUGAUUAUUUAUAAAGAGCAGCAUGAGCUGCACUGUAUGAGAGCAGAUGUGCACACACCUGCCUCGCAGCACCUUACAUUUGGGCAGCAGAUGUGCUUAACAAGAGGCCAAAGAUGUUAAACCAGCUGUGAGAGUCUGUGCGGCCCUGGAACAACCCUCUGGAAAAUCCCAGGUGGUACGGUCAUUGUUACCACGGAGACACAGUUGUCCUAAAGAGAGGGCUGGUUCGACAAAUUGGUCCAUAUGAGACUAAUUUCUGUCUGUGUGUCAUUACUCUGCAAAACAUGGGACUGAUUCAGAUGCAGACAUCCAGCAGGUUGGACUGAAGUUUCAUCCGACUUUUGCUUCUUUGCUGUCUAAUUAAAACAUGGUGAACACGGGAGGCGGGUUUAGGAUCUGCUCUUUAGGAAAGUUGACACCCACCUGAUCUGUACUGAUGUGUUUGGAGCUCUGACAGUCAGUGCGUUUACAUGCACAGCGUAACCAGAAUAAGCUCAUAAUUCUGUGUUUUCGCCAAAUCAGACUUCUCUCCCUGUGCGCGUAAACAUGCAGCUCAGAAAAUCGAAUUACUGAUGUGCAUGUGUCCUCCUCCCCAAAAUUAGGGGGCGAUAUGGGUCUUUUUAGCGGGGCUGUUUUCAGUUAACCCCAUACAACUGUUAACAACAACAGCAAGUCCGUGUAAGACGUCAGAAGUGUCUACAACUGCUGCUGGGCAUUUUUGAGCAAGAAGAUGGAGCAUCGUACAGCGUUGUUUUUGUCGUACAUGAUAUGCGCUACUAUUUCUUCUCUGGUGUUUUUGUUCCAGGGUUACGGGGGCAUGCCACA